AGUUAAUCAACUUGUUACAAUUAGACUAGAACCCAACAAGGAACGCCGAUAUCUCCGGUAUUAUUAUGAGUACAAAUGCAAUUAAACCAUUUGUUUGCAUUAAUUGCGGACAUCGUGUGCGUGAAUUGUACAAAAAAUACAGCAAUACCCUUAAAACAACACAUUGUGACAAAUGCAAUCAGAUAACAGAUAAAUACAUUGAAUUCGAAGAGUUCAUUAUACUGAUAGAUGCGCUUCUUUUAGAUUCUUGUGCCUUUCGUCACAUUAUAUACAAUGGCAACUUCAAGAUUCAUUGGAAGGUGUUUUUCGUAGUAUUGCUAUUGGAAUCGUUUGCACUCUGCCGAUAUAAGCAUGAUUCUGGGCGAAUAGCUUCGUCUCACUUACAUGAAAGAGGAUUCUAUAUGUGUACCAUACAAAAUAUAGGAGAGUACCUCUUGAUCUCUUUUUUGCUUUUACUUAUAACUGCGAUUCUUGAACUGAAACAGAUGCUUAAAUUUGGCCUGCUAAAUUUCACCUCAAUUAUACUCAAAGUGGUGGCUAUUUCCAAUUUAUCCAAAUUCUUCCUUCUGCCAAUAUUGGUUUGGCGCAAUAACACCACAGAUUUUGGCCGGAAUCUACACUAUAUGCUGGUUACCAGCCAUCAUUUAUGCUCUCUGGUGCUGGCCUAUGAAGCUACCAGAGCUAAGAAUCUUCGUUGGCUUUCCACGAUAUUCGUAAUAAGUGCAUUUGCCAUAAAAGAAUACUUUAGAUAUUUUACAGCGUUACAAAUUGAGUCAUUUUUUAUAUAAAUAGCAAUUUCAAUUGUCUUAAUUAUGUGUAGGAUCAUUUAAUUCAAUUGGAGCUGAUGAAAAAUGUUAUUGAUAAUGAUAACACAGGAAGAAUGAUCAUCUUAAUAUAAAGCUCCCCUGUUAAUUCGGCUGUGCUAUAGUAACUACGUAGUCUUAGUAGCUUUGUCCAAUUUAAAAGUAAGAAAAAUCUGUAUACCAAUACCAAAAUCUUAUGAAAUAUAAACCAUUAAUGUACUGAAACAUUCCAAUAAUAAAUUGUGUCAAAAACA